AUGUACACCCCCGUCUGCUCGAGUGCGGUCGCCGCUUUGCCUACUUCGGUACCGCCCUGUGCUGUCGGGUCCCGGAGCUCCGGCGGCGGCAGGGGCUGUGUCCGGCAGGAGAGGAAGCGCCCGGGCUGCGUCCGUGCUUCUGUCCGCGGGGCGAGCGUCUGGCAGGAAGUACUUAAACAACUACAAGGAAGUAUUGAAGAUGAAGCUAUGGCUUCUUCUGGACAGAUUGAUUUAUUAGAGCGUCUUAAAGAACUUAACUUAGAUAGCAGUAAUUUCUCUGGAGUGAAACUACGGUCCAAAAUGUCCCUCCGUUCUUACGGAAGCCGAGAAGGAUCUGUAUCUAGUCGCUCAGGAGAGUGCAGUCCUGUUCCUAUGGGUUCAUUUCCACGAAGAGGGUUUGUAAAUGGAAGCAGAGAAAAUACCGGUUAUUUAGAAGAACUUGAAAAAGAGAGAUCAUUGCUUCUUGCUGACCUUGACAAAGAAGAAAAGGAAAAAGACUGGUAUUAUGCUCAACUUCAGAAUCUCACUAAAAGAAUAGAUAGCCUUCCUUUAACUGAAAAUUUUUCCUUACAAACAGAUAUGACCAGAAGGCAGUUGGAAUACGAGGCAAGGCAAAUCAGAGUUGCAAUGGAAGAACAACUAGGUACUUGCCAGGAUAUGGAAAAACGAGCACAGCGAAGAAUAACCAGAAUUCAACAAAUAGAAAAGGACAUACUUCGUAUACGACAGCUUUUACAGUCCCAAGCAACCGAAGCAGAGAGGUCAUCUCAGAGCAAGCAUGAAGCUGGCUCACAUGAAGCUGAACGGCAGAAUGAAGGUCAAGGAGUGGCAGAAAUCAACAUGGCAACUGUGGGUAGCGGUCAGGGGUCAAGUACACGAAUAGAUCAUGAAACAGCCAGUGUUUUGAGCUCUAGUAGCACACAUUCUGCUCCUCGAAGGCUGACCAGUCAUCUGGGAACCAAGGUGGAAAUGGUGUAUUCAUUGUUGUCAAUGCUUGGUACUCAUGAUAAGGAUGAUAUGUCGCGAACUCUGCUAGCUAUGUCUAGCUCCCAAGACAGCUGCAUAUCCAUGCGACAGUCUGGAUGUCUUCCUCUCCUCAUCCAGCUUUUACACGGCAGUGACAAAGACUCGGUGUUGUUGGGAAAUUCCCGGGGCAGUAAAGAGGCUCGGGCCAGGGCCAGUGCAGCACUCCACAACAUCAUUCACUCACAGCCUGAUGACAAGAGAGGCAGGCGUGAAAUCCGAGUCCUUCAUCUUUUGGAACAGAUACGAGCUUACUGUGAAACCUGUUGGGAGUGGCAGGAAGCCCAUGAACAAGGCAUGGACCAGGACAAAAAUCCAAUGCCAGCUCCUGUUGAACAUCAGAUCUGUCCUGCUGUGUGUGUUCUAAUGAAACUUUCAUUUGAUGAAGAGCAUAGACAUGCAAUGAAUGAACUUGGGGGACUACAGGCCAUUGCAGAAUUAUUGCAAGUGGACUGUGAAAUGUAUGGGCUUACUAAUGACCACUACAGUAUUACUUUAAGACGAUAUGCAGGAAUGGCUUUGACAAACUUGACUUUCGGAGAUGUAGCCAACAAGGCUACCCUCUGCUCUAUGAAAGGCUGCAUGAGAGCACUCGUGGCUCAACUAAAAUCUGAAAGUGAGGACUUACAGCAGGUUAUUGCAAGUGUUUUGAGGAAUCUGUCUUGGAGAGCAGAUGUAAAUAGUAAAAAGACUUUGCGUGAAGUUGGAAGUGUGAAAGCACUGAUGGAAUGUGCUUUGGAAGUGAAAAAGGAAUCAACCCUCAAAAGUGUACUGAGUGCCUUAUGGAAUCUGUCAGCACACUGCACUGAGAAUAAAGCUGACAUAUGUGCUGUAGGUGGUGCGCUGGCAUUUUUGGUUGGCACUCUCACUUAUCGCAGCCAAACAAAUACUUUAGCCAUUAUUGAAAGUGGAGGUGGGAUAUUACGGAAUGUAUCCAGCUUGAUAGCUACAAAUGAGGACCACAGGCAAAUCCUAAGAGAGAAUAAUUGCUUACAGACCUUAUUACAACACUUGAAAUCUCACAGUUUGACAAUAGUUAGUAAUGCAUGCGGAACCUUGUGGAAUCUCUCAGCAAGAAACCCUAAAGACCAGGAAGCAUUGUGGGACAUGGGAGCAGUCAGCAUGCUCAAGAACCUCAUUCAUUCAAAGCACAAGAUGAUUGCUAUGGGAAGUGCUGCAGCUCUAAGGAAUCUCAUGGCAAAUAGACCUGCAAAGUAUAAAGAUGCCAAUAUCAUGUCUCCUGGUUCAAGUCUGCCUUCUCUUCAUGUCAGGAAACAAAAGGCCCUGGAAGCAGAAUUAGAUGCUCAGCAUUUAUCAGAAACUUUUGACAAUAUUGACAAUUUAAGUCCCAAGGCAUCUCAUCGUAGCAAGCAGAGACACAAGCAAAAUCUCUAUGGUGACUAUGUUUUUGACAGCAAUCGACAUGAUGAUAACAGGUCAGACAAUUUUAAUACUGGAAACAUGACUGUCCUGUCACCGUAUUUAAAUACUACAGUAUUGCCCAGCUCUUCUUCAUCAAGGGGAAGUUUAGAUAGCUCUCGUUCUGAGAAAGAUAGAAGUUUGGAGAGAGAACGAGGUAUUAGCCUAGGCAACUACCACCCAGCAACAGAAAAUCCAGGAACCUCUUCAAAGCGAGGUUUGCAGAUUUCUACCACUGCAGCCCAGAUUGCCAAAGUCAUGGAAGAAGUAUCAGCCAUUCAUACCUCCCAGGAAGACAGAAGUUCUGGAUCUACCACAGAACUACACUGUGGGACAGAUGAGAGGAAUGCACUAAGAAGAAGCUCUACCGCCCACACACAUGCCAACACUUACAACUUUACCAAGUCAGAAAACUCAAACAGAACAUGUCCAAUACCAUAUGCCAAAGUAGAAUAUAAGAGGUCUUCAAAUGAUAGUUUAAAUAGUGUCAGCAGUAGUGAUGGUUAUGGUAAAAGGGGUCAGAUGAAACCUUCAGUUGAAUCCUAUUCUGAAGAUGAUGAAAGUAAAUUCUGCAGCUAUGGUCAGUAUCCAGCUGACCUAGCCCAUAAAAUACAUAGUGCAAAUCAUAUGGAUGAUAAUGAUGGAGAACUAGAUACACCAAUAAAUUAUAGUCUUAAAUAUUCCGAUGAACAGUUGAACUCUGGGAGGCAGAGCCCUUCACAGAAUGAAAGAUGGGCAAGACCCAAACAUAUACUAGAAGAUGAAAUAAAACCGAAUGAGCAGAGACAAUCAAGGAGUCAAAGCACAGCUUACCCUGUAUAUCCUGAGAGCACUGAUGAUAAACAUCUCAAGUUCCAACCACACUUUGGGCAGCAAGAAUGUGUUUCUCCAUACAGGUCAAGAGCAGCCAAUGGAUCUGAAACAAAUCGAGUAGGCUCUAAUCAUGGAAUUAGUCAAAAUGUGAACCAGUCUUUGUGUCAAGAAGAUGACUAUGAAGAUGAUAAACCAACCAACUACAGUGAACGUUACUCUGAAGAAGGGCAGCAUGAGGAAGAAGAGAGACCAACCAAUUAUAGCAUAAAAUACAGUGAAGAAAAACAUCACGUGGAUCAGCCCAUUGAUUAUAGUUUAAAAUACACCACAGACAUUCCUUCUUCACAGAAACCGGCAUUUUCAUUCUCAAAGAAUUCAUCUGGACAGAGCACAAAAACUGAACACAUCUCUUCAAGCAGUGAGAAUACUUCCACACCUUCAUCUAAUGCCAAAAGGCAGAAUCAGCUACAUCCAAGCUCAGCACAAAGCAGAAGUAGUCAGACCCCAAAAGCCACCUCUUCCUCUUGCAAAGUUCCCUCUAUCAACCAAGAAACAAUACAGACUUACUGUGUAGAAGAUACCCCAAUAUGUUUUUCGAGAUGCAGUUCAUUAUCAUCUUUGUCAUCUGCUGAAGAUGAAAUAGGGUGUGACCAGACCACACAGGAAGCAGAUCCUGCUAACUCUCUGCAGAUAGCCGAAAUCAAGGACAACAGCGGACCUAGGCCAAACGAAGAUUCUGUGAGUAAAGUUCCAGCAGUGUCACAGCACGUUAGAACCAAAUCCAGCAGACUCCAGGCUUCUGGUCUGUCUUCAGAGUCAGCCAGGCACAAAGCUGUUGAAUUUUCUUCAGGGGCAAAAUCUCCUUCCAAGAGUGGUGCUCAGACACCCAAAAGUCCACCAGAGCACUACGUUCAGGAGACCCCACUCAUGUUUAGCAGAUGUACUUCAGUCAGUUCACUCGAUAGUUUUGAGAGUCGCUCAAUUGCCAGCUCUGUUCAGAGUGAACCCUGCAGUGGAAUGGUGAGUGGCAUUAUAAGCCCCAGUGACCUCCCAGAUAGCCCUGGACAAACCAUGCCACCAAGCAGAAGUAAAACCCCUCCUCCUCCUCCUCCUCCUCCUCAGACAGUUCAAACGAAGCAAGAAGUACCUAAAACUAAAGCACCUAGUGCUGAAAAGAGAGAAAGUGGACCUAAGCAAGCUGCCGUAAACGCUGCAGUCCAGAGGGUCCAGGUUCUUCCAGAUGCUGAUACUUUGUUACAUUUUGCCACAGAGAGUACUCCUGAUGGAUUUUCUUGUUCAUCUAGCCUGAGUGCUCUGAGCCUUGAUGAGCCAUUUAUUCAGAAAGAUGUGGAACUAAGGAUAAUGCCUCCAGUUCAGGAAAAUGACAACGGGAAUGAAACAGAAAGUGAGCAGCCUGAAGAAUCAAAUGAAAACCAGGAAAAAGAGGCAGAAAAACCCACUGACUCUGAAAAAGAUCUUUUAGAUGAGUCAGAUGAUGAUGAUAUUGAAAUACUAGAAGAGUGUAUAAUUUCUGCCAUGCCAACAAAAUCUUCACGCAAAGCCAAAAAACCAACCCAGACUACUUCGAAAUUACCUCCACCUGUGGCAAGGAAACCAAGUCAGCUGCCUGUAUACAAACUUCUGCCAUCACAAAACAGGUUACAGGCACAAAAGCAUGUUAGUUUUACACCAGGAGAUGAUAUGCCACGGGUAUAUUGUGUAGAAGGGACACCUAUAAACUUUUCCACAGCUACAUCUCUGAGUGAUCUAACGAUAGAAUCCCCUCCAAAUGAGUUAGCUGCUGGAGAAGGGGUUAGAGCAGGGGCACAAUCAAGUGAAUUUGAAAAACGAGAUACCAUUCCUACUGAAGGCAGAAGUACAGAUGAGGCUCAAAGAGGGAAAGCCUCAUCUGUCACUGUACCUGAACUAGAUGACAAUAAAACAGAAGAAGGUGAUAUUCUUGCAGAAUGCAUCAAUUCUGCUAUGCCCAAAGGAAAAAGUCACAAGCCUUUCCGUGUGAAAAAGAUUAUGGACCAGGUCCAACAAGCAUCUAUGUCUUCAUCUGGAACUAACAAAAAUCAAUUAGAUGGUAAGACAAAGAAACCUACUUCACCAGUAAAACCUAUACCACAAAAUACUGAAUACAGGACACGUGUAAGAAAAAAUACAGACUCAAAAAAUAAUUUAAAUGCCGAAAGAAAUUUCUCGGAAAACAAAGAUUCAAAGAAACAGCACUUGAAAAAUAAUUCCAAGGACUUCAAUGAUAAACUGCCAAAUAAUGAAGACAGAGUCAGAGGAAGUUUUACUUUUGAUUCACCUCAUCAUUACACACCCAUUGAAGGCACCCCAUACUGUUUUUCACGAAAUGACUCUUUGAGUUCUCUAGAUUUUGAUGAUGAUGAUGUUGACCUUUCCAGGGAAAAGGCUGAAUUAAGAAAGGGGAAGGAAAAUAAAGAAUCAGAAGCUAAAGUGACCAACCACACUGAACUAAUCUCAAACCAACAAUCAGCUAAUAAGACACCAGCUGUUACAAAGCAGCCAAUAAAUAGAGGUCAGUCUAAAUCCGUGCUGCAGAAGCAGUCCACUUUUCCCCAGUCCUCCAAAGAUAUACCAGACAGAGGGGCAGCAACAGAUGAGAAAUUACAGAAUUUUGCUAUUGAAAAUACUCCAGUUUGCUUUUCUCGAAAUUCCUCUCUAAGCUCUCUUAGUGACAUUGAUCAAGAAAACAACAACAACAAGGAAAAUGAACCUAUCAAAAAGACAGAGCCCCCUGGCUCACAGGGAGAAGCAAGUAAACCACAGGCAUCAGGUUAUGCUCCUAAGUCAUUUCACGUUGAAGAUACCCCUGUCUGUUUCUCAAGAAACAGUUCUCUCAGUUCUCUUAGUAUUGAUUCUGAAGAUGACCUGCUGCAGGAAUGCAUAAGUUCUGCAAUGCCAAAAAAGAAAAAGCCUUCAAGGCUCAAGGCUGAUAAUGAAAAGCAUAGUCCCAGAAAUAUGGGUGGCAUAUUAGCAGAAGAUUUGACACUCGAUUUGAAAGAUAUACAGAGACCAGAUUCAGAACAUGGUUUAUCCCCAGAUUCAGAAAAUUUUGAUUGGAAAGCUAUUCAGGAAGGUGCAAAUUCCAUAGUAAGUAGUUUACAUCAAGCUGCUGCUGCCGCAUGUUUAUCUCGACAAGCUUCGUCUGAUUCAGAUUCCAUCCUUUCACUGAAAUCGGGCAUCUCUCUGGGAUCACCGUUUCAUCUUACACCUGAUCAAGAAGAAAAACCCUUUACGAGUAAUAAAGGCCCACGAAUUCUAAAACCUGGGGAGAAAAGUACAUUGGAAACUAAAAAAAUAGAAUCUGAAAAUAAAGGAAUAAAAGGAGGCAAAAAGGUUUAUAAAAGUUUGAUUACUGGGAAAGUUCGGUCUAAUUCAGAAAUUUCGAGCCAAAUGAAACAACCCCUUCAAACAAACAUGCCUGCAAUCUCUCGAGGUAGAACAAUGAUUCAUAUUCCAGGAGUUCGGAAUAGCUCUUCAAGUACAAGCCCAGUUUCUAAAAAAGGCCCACCCCUCAAGACUCCAGCCUCCAAAAGCCCUAGCGAAGGUCAGGCGGCUACCACCUCUCCCAGAGGAACCAAGCCAUCAGUGAAGUCAGAAUUAAGCCCUGUUACAAGGCAGGCAUCCCAGACAGCAGGAUCAAACAAAGGACCUUCUAGAUCAGGAUCUAGAGAUUCCACUCCUUCAAGACCUGCCCAGCAACCAUUAAGUAGACCAAUGCAGUCUCCAGGGCGAAACUCAAUCUCUCCUGGUAGAAAUGGAAUAAGUCCCCCUAACAAAUUAUCUCAACUACCAAGGACGUCAUCCCCUAGUACUGCUUCAACUAAGUCCUCAGGUUCUGGGAAAAUGUCUUACACAUCUCCUGGCAGACAGAUGAGCCAGCAGAACCUCACCAAACAAACGGGCUUAUCCAAGAAUGGCAGUGGUAUCCCAAGAAGUGAAUCUGCCUCCAAAGGGCUAAAUCAAAUGAGUAAUAGUAAUGGAUCCAAUAAAAAAGUGGAACUUUCUAGAAUGUCUUCAACAAAGUCAAGUGGAAGUGAAUCUGAUAGGUCAGAGAGACCUGUAUUAGUACGCCAAUCAACUUUCAUCAAAGAAGCUCCAAGCCCAACCCUAAGGAGAAAACUGGAGGAAUCUGCUUCAUUUGAAUCUCUUUCUCCGUCUUCUAGACCCGAUUCUCCAACACGGUCCCAGGCACAUACUCCAGUUUUAAGUCCUUCCCUUCCUGAUAUGUCUCUAUCUGCACAUUCGUCUGUUCAGUCCGGUGGAUGGCGAAAACUCCCACCUAACCUCAGUCCCACCAUAGAGUAUAGUGAUGGAAGACCAGGAAAGCGCCAUGAUAUAGCACGCUCUCAUUCCGAGAGUCCCUCCAGACUCCCCAUCAACAGGUCAGGGACCUGGAAACGUGAGCACAGCAAACACUCAUCAUCACUGCCUCGAGUAAGCACUUGGAGAAGAACUGGGAGUUCAUCCUCAAUUCUUUCUGCUUCAUCAGAAUCUAGUGAAAAGGCAAAAAGUGAGGACGAAAAACAUGUGAGCUCUAUUUCAGGAAGCAAACAAACUAAAGAAAACCAGGUACCCACAAAAGGAACAUGGAGAAAAAUAAAAGAAAGUGAAAUUUCUCCCACAAGUAGUACUUCUCAGACCACUUCUUCAGGUGCUACAAAUGGUGCUGAAUCAAAGACUCUGAUUUAUCAAAUGGCACCUGCUGUUUCUAAAACAGAGGAUGUUUGGGUAAGAAUUGAGGAUUGCCCUAUUAACAACCCUAGAUCUGGAAGAUCUCCAACAGGAAAUACUCCCCCUGUGAUUGACACUGUUUCAGAAAAGGGAAACCCGAACCCUAAAGAUUCAAAAGAUAAUCAGGGAAAACAAAAUGUGAGCAAUGGUAGUGCCCCCACACGCACCAUGGGUCUGGAAAACCGCCUGAAUUCCUUUAUUCAGGUAGAUCCCCCAGACCAAAAAGGAACUGAGGCAAAGCCAGGACAAAGUAAUAACCCUGUCCCUGCAUCCGAGACUAAUGAAAGUUCUAUAGCUGAGCGUACCCCAUUUAGUUCUAGCAGCUCAAGCAAGCACAGUUCACCAAGUGGGACUGUCGCCGCCAGGGUGAGUCCUUUUAAUUACAACCCAAGCCCGAGGAAAAGCAGCGCAGAUGGCACUUCAGCCCGACCGUCUCAGAUCCCAACGCCAGUGAGUAACACCACAAAGAAACGUGACUCAAAGCCCGACAGCACAGAGCCCAGCGGGACUCAAAGUCCUAAACGCCACUCCGGGUCUUACCUUGUGACGUCUGUGUGA